AUGUCGCCCUCCGCCCUGGACGAAACGCCUAUCAGCAUCAACUCGAAGCCGAACAAGACAACGCCACUGCAGUUGUCCGGGUCCCUUGACUCGUACGAGUCUUUCGAUGUGACCCCCAUCAUCGGCAGAGAAUUCCCUACCGCCAACCUGGUCGACUGGCUCAACGCCCCCAAUGCGGACGAACUCAUUCGCGAUCUGGCCAUCACGAUCUCCCAGCGUGGGGUAGUCUUCUUCCGCGCCCAGGAAAACCUCACCAAUGACCUGCAGAAGCAGCUUAUCCUGCGCCUCGGCGAGCUCUCCGGCCGACCCGAGACUUCUGGCCUGCACAUCCACCCCAUCCUCAACUCGGAGCGCGAGCUCGGCGGCGAGGACCCGGAGAUCAGCACCAUCAGCUCCGUGCAGCACAAGAAGUUCUACCGCAAGAACUCGUCCGACGAGAUCAGCCCCAAGAAGCAGUCCAGCGCCCAGUGGCACAGCGACAUCGCGUUCGAGCCCGUGCCCGCCGACUACACCUCGCUGCGCCUGACGCAGCUGCCCAGGACCGGUGGCGACACGCUCUGGGCCUCGGGCUACGACAUCUACGACCGCAUCAGCGAGCCGUACCAAAGGUUCCUGGAGGGCCUGGCGGUGACCUUUGAGCAGCCCUACUUCAAGCAGGUUGCCGACCAGUCCGGCUUCAAGCUGUACGACAAGCCGCGCGGGGCGCCCGAGAACGUCGGCCCCGAGCUUAAGGCCGUGCACCCCGUCGUGCGGACCAACCCCGUUACGGGCUGGAAGAGCAUCUUCCCCGUCGGCGGCCACGUGUCACACAUCAACGGCGUGACGCCCGAGGAGAGCAAGAAGCUGCUCGACUGGUUCCUCGAGCUGGUCUACAAGAACCACGAGCUGCAGGUGCGGUUCAAGUGGCAGAACCCCAACGACAUCGCUAUCUGGGACAACAGAAGCGUGUUCCAUUCCGCCACCUUUGACUACGACGAGCAAGGAGAGCGCUUUGGUAACCGGGCAGUCGGGUUGGGAGAGAAGCCUUAUUUCGACCCGAACAGUACCUCGAGGCGGGCUGCCCUCGGGUUGGACUCAUGGGGUCUACACAAGCCUACCAGCGCGAUCAAGGAGUAA